ACUCUCUCUCUCUCUCUCUCUCUCUCUCUAAAAAAUACAUACUAAAACCCCAUUUUCAUUCAAAGCAGCAGUUCUCACUCUCGCAUCCCUUUCAUUUUCAACGCUUUUGCAGGGAAUUUAACUGAGAGAGAAUGACUGAAGGGAGGAGGGUGAAUAUUAUGCCAGUGGAGCUUGCGAUUCAGAGAGAGCUAACAUAUCGGAAGAAAGUAGCAAGUUUGCAGUUGCAAUCUGAUGACUUCUUGAAAGAACUUUUGCCUUUACAGGUGUUAUCUUCAAGUCCAUAUCAAAGGCUAAAUCCAUGGUUAGGGCAUAAUUCAGGCUUGAGUGCAAAACCCAGUCUUGCUCUGGGGUCAUCUUUUCAGGGGCAAUCUUCAACUCCAAGUCCAAGGUCAUUGCCAGCUCCAAGUGAGAUUCCAAGUCGAGGACCAGAGCCAAGUGGAAUUUCAAGUCCCAGUGUGGUUCCAUCGUAUCAAUUAUCAUCUUCGAUUCCAAAUAUCAGUCCAAGGCCAUUGCAAACGCCAAGUCCAAGAUCCCUUCGGGGACCAAGUCAGAUUUCAAGUCCAGGGCAUGGAGCAACCGUGAUUUCAAGUCCAGAUGUGGUCCAAUCAUAUCAAGUGUUAUCUGCAAAUCCAGAUCCUAGUUUUAGGUCAUUACCAGCACCAAGUCAGAUUCCAAGUCCAAGUCCACGGCCAAUGCCAAAUUUGAUUUCUCAACCAACUCACUCAGGCAUAAAGAGAAGAGCAACAACUGGCAGCCUCCAGUGCCUUCCACCUGAUCAGCAGCCACGAGCAUCUCAUAAUACUUGCAUAACUAAAGAUCUAGUGGGGAAUUUAUAUUGCAAGGUCUGCCAAGUGCAUUGCUCAGGUGCCUUAAAUCUCAAGCAGCGCCUAAGAGGUCACAAGCACAAGGCGAAACUGAAACGGCUGCAACUAAGAAGGAAUUAUGGCAGAGAGAAACAAGACCAGCUACCAAGAUGCGAGCUAUGUCAAAUUUGGUGCAUGGAUGAAGAAGGGUUGAACAUGCACUUAAAGGGUCAGAAGCACAAGGCUAGGCUACAUGAGUUGAAGCUGGGCAUAGAAAAUGGUGGAGAGAAAACCUCACAGCGGCUUUGGUGUGAACUGUGUCAAGUUCCCUGCAUGAAUCAACACACAUUCGAGCAGCAUCUGAAGGGGAAACAACAUGUAAGUCGCCUGGAGAAAAAGAAGGUCGAGGAGGAAGAAGCUGAACCAUUGAAGCUUGACUUUGAAGAAAUGGAAUGGAAAAUUGUCUCGUGAAGUCCAACAAGCUCCUCUUGCUGGCAAGAAAAUUGUUGAAUCUGGAGAACCUGCUAGCCCUGUGUUUUAUUCCUCUUGACAUUGUGCUAAGCGCGCACACACACACACACACACACAUGCACACAACAUCACUUUCAAGCCUA